AUGUCGGCGACAGCAGCGAGACCAGAUCCAUUUCGGCCAGCGAAGAGAGUUGCGGGCCAGAGACAGGAUGUCUGGUCAAUUGUCAACGAAGCCGCUGCCGCUUCGCCGGUCCAACCGAUUGUGAACAUGGGUCAAGGCUUCUUCGGCUACAACCCUCCUCAAUUCGCUCUUGAUGCGGCCAAGGAAGCUCUCGACCGGGUCGAGUGCAACCAGUAUUCGCCCACAAAGGGCCGUCCCCGACUUAAGAAGGCCAUUGCGGAUGCAUACUCUUCCUCCUUCGGACGAACCAUAAACCCGGAUACGGAAGUUUCCAUCACCACCGGCGCAAAUGAAGGAAUGUUGAGUGCUUUCAUGGGAUUCAUCGAACCAGGAGACGAGGUCAUCAUCUUCGAGCCCUUCUUUGACCAAUACAUCAGCAACAUCGAGAUGCCUGGCGGUACAAUUCGAUAUGUACCCCUCCAUCCUCCCAAGGACGGUGCAACGAGGACUUCGCCUGCGUCUGAAUGGACUAUAGAUUUCGAGGAACUGGAGAAGACGAUCAAUUCGAAGACAAAGAUGAUUGUAAGGAGUUUUGAACUCACCGUGAGUGAGCCAGGUCAAUUACAUCUGUAUGGAGCUAACAACAGCAUCAGACACAACCCCGUCGGAAAAGUCUUCUCGCGAGACGAACUUGAACGCAUUGGUCAGCUAUGUGUGAAGCACAAUCUUAUUAUCCUCUCCGACGAGGUGUAUGAUCGCCUCUACUACGUACCUUUUACUAGAAUUGCUACCUUGUCCCCAGAGCUCUGGGAGCGAACUCUCACGGUUGGCUCCGCCGGCAAGGCCUUCUACGCUACUGGCUGGCGGGUUGGAUAUCUCAUCGGACCGGAGCAUCUCAUCAAGUAUGUCGCCGCUGCACACACGCGCAUUUGCUACAGCAGUGUAUCUCCCCUUCAGGAAGCCGCCGCAGUGGCUUUCGAGCAGGCAGACAAGGUCGGAUUCUGGGACCAGAGCCGGAGGGAAAUGAAGCAGAAAAUGGAACGCUUCUGCGAAGUCUUUGAUGAGCUCAACAUUCCCUACUCUGAUCCGGAGGGUGGCUACUUCGUCCUUGCAAACAUGUCUUCCGUCAAACUCCCGGAAGAUUACCCAUUCCCUCCCCAUGUUGCCAGCCGCCCUCGUGAUUUCAAACUUUGUUGGUUUCUGAUCCACGAAGUCGGGGUGGCAGCCAUCCCUCCGACGGAAUUCUACACCGAUGCGAAUGCCCACAUCGCCGAAGACUACCUUCGCUUCGCCGUCUGUAAAAACGAUGAUGUCUUGGAGACAGCGAAGGAGAGACUCCGCGGUCUGAAGAAAUACAUCUCUAAGUAA